GACGCAGCCACAUUUUCGUAGUAACUACGUAAUUAUCUAGAUGUUUAGAGAUUCCUAUUAGGUGUACCAUGGUUUUUUAUAUUUUGUAACCUUUUACACAAAUGGACUUUCCUGGACAAAAAGAUUUUUCAAUUGGAACCAGUAUGUCUGGAGAAGAGAUAUUGCUGGAUGCUAAAUUAAUUAAUUUUCAAUUGGAAACUGGAGAAUGGGAUGCCGUGGAGGAAAUGUUACGUGCUGAGGCACAACUUUCCAGAGACGCCGAGACUGGACGAUUACGACCGAAAAAGGCAUCGGAAUAUACAUUACGACUCAUAGCAGAGGUUCUUCACAUAAUGCGACUGGAUGUUGAACAAGCUUCCUACAAUAGAAGUACUCUAGCAGUUGCAGAGCAGUGUCUCCGCUUGGUCCGCUCCUGUGCUGCAGCAGGAACUAAGAUGCAAACUUACAUCUCUAAAGAACUCUCUAUACUAGACUCUAUGCUCAUAUUAGCCACAGAAUAUCAACAUCCAAGUGUUGAUUUUGUCAAUGAAGAACUCCAAAAAAAGUUUGAAUCAUGCAUGACAGUACUCAUGCAAACUUUAGGAAACUUAGUUGUGAACAAUCCAUUUAACCAAAUAAUGAUUUGGAAUAAAUUUGAUGCCAAUAUCAUGAACAGUUUAGUGGGAUCUAAUGAUAAAAUUGCCACCGCAGCUGCCAUGAUUGUUUAUAAUAUAUUAUUAGGCCAACCAAAUGUGUUGCCAGAUGAUGUGAUGUUGUUGAAUUCACUAGCUUAUAUGUAUAGUAAUGGCAACACUGAGUACCCACAUUUAAUUAUAGAAUAUUUGAUCGGUGUUGAGAAUACAUACAUAGAGAAGUUAUAUUCAAAGUUAGAGCCUGAAUGUAGGAUGUUGGUGUUGAAUCUGGCAUAUAACAUAUUAAUGUCAACAGAAUCUCAGGACAUUAAUGUAUCUGUGAACUUUGUAAAGUUCAUGGCACAUGAGUUCAAGAGUAAAUCGGAUUGUAUAUUGAAGACGGUUGAUAAGUAUGUGAACUCCAUAGAGCCUCAGGAAGUGGUGUUUUUGUUGGAGAUCAUAGCCACGGCAUCCAGUAUGGACACUUAUAUGGACUGUUUGCAGUCAGACAGUUCUUUAUUUAUUAAUUGUGCAUUUUUACUUCGAGCAAUUCAUAAACUCGGUAAAGAGAGCAGUAAUUUCUUUUCUUCACUGAAUAAGUUGUAUGAAGCCACAGGCAGGACUUUUGUUGAUGAUGAAAAUGAAUAUUCAACUAAUGCACAACUCUCUAGUCCUUGUGAAAAUCCCCUAACUAAAAACGAUUCAGCCGACAACAUGUUAUCGUGCAACGAAACGACAUCGGAAUGCACUGAGUCGGAGAGCAGCGAGCAAUAUUUCGAAUGUAACGAGACCCCUUCGUACAUGGAGAAGUUUGACGCCGUAGAUAACAUCCAAUCAUUGAAAUUCACAGACGGAUUUCCUGAAACGAAAAAUGGGAGGAGCAACUCCAACUCUAAUAUAAAAAUUGAUGCAGAUCUCUCAAAAGUUGCCUACAAGAGAAGUAGUUCGGUUCCAAAAGGCGAUGAUCGUAUAUCUUUGCCUACAAGAAGAAUUAGUUUAGAACAUAAAAUCGACAUCGGUGACGAUAACGAACCUCCUUUAAUCAUAGACGCGGCGUCACCUAACGGUAGUAUGAACACCAUAGCAGAAAUGAUACCAGCAGCCUUACAGUGCCCUAGAUUUGACAGUUUUCAGCCUACAAGCAGAACCGAAUCUCAAGAUAGUUCGCCAAACGAUCCUCCAACGGAAAUCCACAUUUCAAAAGACGAAUUGAAAAGCGAAGUGAAAGCAUCCCCGAGCGAAAUAUCCCCGCCCUUAGCAGAGACUUUACCAGAGUCGGACUCGCAGAAACAGUCACCGGACACUCCGAAAGAAGUAAAGAAGAGUCAGAAUCUGUCGACGGAUUUCGAUCUUAGUGAGCAGCUGCAGAAAAUUCUUGGUAUUUCUUCUGAGAAAACUCGCGGUGACACGGCUAAUGCGGAGAAGAAGAAUGAACCAGUAAAAGAAGUGAAGAUAUCUGACGAUGCUCCCAGCAAUAAAGUGCCAUCAGUGAAGAUUGACUCCCCUGAGGGCGCGAAAACUAGGUUAGGUGCAAUCGACAUGACUACUCCGAAGAAAGCAAUCACGUGUGUGGAAACUGUUGAACGUCAUGUGGCGUUUGGUUUCAAAGCAGCUCUAGUACGGACCCUGGCCAAUCUUUGUUGGAAGAAUCAGGAGAAUAAGAAAUUGAUCCGUGAGCUAGAAGUGAUACCAGUUCUUCUAGAUUGCUGUAACAUCGACGCUCGCAAUCCUUUAAUCAUGCAGUGGGUUAUCUUCGCCGUUCGGAACCUGUGCGAGAACUGCCCGGAAAAUCAGGAGGUAAUUUCGAAGGUGACGCUCCAAGCUCCGGUAGACAACGAGGUUUUGCAGGAGAUGGGUCUCACACUCCACACGGACACACAAGGCAACAACAUCAGAAUUGUACCCAUGUCGCGCGGCUAAACAUCAUACACAAGAAAAAAUACUAUUCAUCUCCUAGCCUAGCUAACUAUUAUAACUUUAUUUACUUUAUAGAGCGGCAGUUAUAUGAAAGAAAACUAUCUUAUAAAGAACUAAAUAAAAACCCAUACCUACAUAAAAAAAUUAUAUUGCUAUAAUAGUUCUAAUGAGCUUAUAGUGGUUUGCUUCGAAAUUAUUUCUUUUUACAUGUUUGUGGACUUUAUGAGGGGUGAAGAUACUUGAUGUUGGAAUGUAUUGAUUGGAUCAAAAGAUGUAUUUUCUAUUGCUAUAGAAUUGUUUUAUGGGAGGGACUGAUUAGUACUCGAAAGUGCACUAUUUUGUAUUGAAUGAUUGAGAUAGUUAAAUAACUGUAUGUAUUUCGGUAUAAGUAUUAUCCAAAUAUGAUGGACUUUAACAAUUUCCUGUGCUAGUUCAUAGCCUAUGUCUACCGUACCGUAUUUAUUUAUUCAUAAUAUUCAUAUGUAAAAAAUAAAUCAUCAUUACAAAA